AUGAAUAAUAAGUUUAUGCCGAACAAGAGAAGAACUACUAAUGGCAUAAUUCACAAGAAAGUCAAUUUGAUCAAAGGCCAAUGGAGCCUUGAGGAAGACAAAUUAUUAGUGAAGCUGGUGGAGCAAUUUGGAUUGAGGAAAUGGUCUCACAUUGCUCAAAUGCUCAAUGGAAGGAUUGGAAAACAGUGCAGAGAGAGAUGGCACAAUCACCUCAGACCAAAUAUCAAGAAGGACACAUGGAGCGAGGAGGAAGACAAGAUAUUGAUACAGGCUCACUCAGAGAUAGGCAACAAAUGGGCAGAGAUUGCAAAGAGGCUGCCAGGAAGGACGGAGAACUCCAUUAAAAACCAUUGGAACGCCACCAAGAGAAGGCAGUUCGCUCGCAGGCGCUGCCGUAGCUCCAAGCAUCCCAAGUCUGGCGCCGGCUCACUCCUUCAAGAGUACAUCAAGAGCAUCUCCCUCCUGAAUCCAUCGCCGGCCCCGGCAGCUGCUAACACUAAUGAGAGUGCUGCUUCUACUGCAGAAGCUGCUCCUCCAAUGCCGAUGCCGAUGCCAUUGAUGUCAGUAUCUGCAUGGGAUGACGAUUUUAGCGAUAUGGCUGAGGAGCUCAUGAUGCUUGAUACGAAGAAGAUGGAGUUGAUGACUGAUAUGUGUGAUGUUAGUUACCUGCUUGACCAUUUGGGGUGUGGAGGAGAAAGCAGUAGAAGCAGUAGCAAUGCGAGAGAUCAGAUGGAGGAAUGCUUUUCGAUGAGUAGUGAGGAGAAGGUGAAGAAGGAGAUGGAUUUGGUGGAGAUGAUUUGUGACCAUCAUAAUAACAAGAGUUGUUACAGCAGUGCUUGCGAUGACUUGCUGGCCGCUUAG